AUGAAAGUCCAGCCCUAGCUCUCACUGUUAUAGACAAACUUCACAGUACUUUUUCCCUCUGACAGAAACUUUUAUUUUUAAUGCUGCAUUUUUACUGCAGUGGAUUUCAACAAUAUGGCACUUAUUUCCUCUUUAACUCCAGUGUUUCUUGCUGUAGUGUGCAUUUUAAUUGUGGUCAUCAUUAUGAACGCUAAGAAAGGAGAUAAAAUAGUGAAGAAAGACACCAAAGUCAAUUCCCACUCUCGGCCAUGGGUUGAUGAAGAUUUACAGGACAGCACUGAAGUCAAUGAAGGAGGAGAUGAUGAGGAUACUGCUGACAUAGAGGAAGAAUGGACAAAUAUGGAGGACAACAUUUCACACAUUCCCUUUAAAAUAAAUCGUCUAACAGAUGAGGAAAUGGUUACACGAUCUAAAGAAUUUUAUGAGCUCUUGGAUAAAAGGAGAAGUGUCAGGUUCAUCAGUGAUGAACCUGUUCCAAGGGAAGUUAUUGAAAAUGUCAUCAAAACAGCAGGAACUUCUCCAAGUGGAGCACACACUGAACCAUGGACAUUUGUUGUUGUGCAAGAUGCAGAAAUGAAGCACAAGAUUCGUGAAAUUAUUGAAGAGGAAGAGGAAAUUAAUUACAAGAAAAGAAUGGGUGAACGCUGGGUUACUGAUCUGAAAAGACUAAGGACCAACUGGGUGAAGGAGUACUUGGAUACUGCACCAUAUCUGAUCCUUAUCUUCAAACAAGUUCAUGGAUUUCUUCCUAAUGGGAAGAAGAAGACCCACUACUACAAUGAGAUCAGCGUUUCCAUUUCAUGUGGUAUAUUGUUGGCAGCGCUACAGAAUGUUGGCCUAGUCACAGUUACUUCAACUCCUCUAAACUGUGGGCCCCGCCUGAGAGUGUUGCUGCAGCGACCACAGAAUGAGAAACUGCUCUUACUGCUUCCUGUGGGCUAUCCAAAGAAAGAUGCCACUGUGCCAGAUUUAAAAAGGAAACCUCUAGAAAAUAUCAUGGUGGUUAUGUAAAUCACGGAGACCUCAUUUUGUCAACAGAUUUGAGAACACUGAGGAAUGUAUUUCAAUGCCAGAGACUAAAAUAAAAAUAAAUUCCUUUAAUAAGAACGGGCAAUAGUUUUUUUUUUAUUUUUUAUUACAGUAUAU